GGUGGUAAAUCUGGUUGGAUGAAUAACCUGAACCUAUCUGAAAUGAGAAUAUCUAUGUCAGCUUUGAUUUUUCUAGUCUUCACUUUAGUACUCUCAAUAUUCGUGGCUAACGUCGCUGAUUUCAUUGACGUUGAUACCCAUGCCUUUGAUCAGGCCUCGGUUCCCAAAAGGUUCCACCCUGAAAAAUCCUUGAGACAGAGGCCAGAGAAGUACGAUGUGGACGAUUCGUUUGAAAACAUUAUGUGGUUCUUGCAGAUAUCAGAUAUACAUAUAAGCAUUUUUCAAGACCUAUCGAGAAUUACAGAGUUCAAAGAAUUUUGCGACGUCACUGUUGGUACUAUACAGCCCUAUGUUGUCCUGGCUUCAGGUGAUCUUACCGAUGCAAAGACUAGAGACAAAAUGGGGUCGAGACAAAUCAUUGAAGAAUGGCAGCACUAUAAAAAUGUUCUCGAUGAAACCAAUAUUGUCAAGAGGACGAUAUGGCUCGAUGUUAGGGGUAAUCAUGAUAAUUUUAACAUUCCUCAUUUCGACUCAAAGAAUAAUUAUUACCUGAAUUAUUCGGUACAAGGAAAGCUUCAUCCACGGUCUUAUAUGCAUCAGAUUACAGUUGACUCUGAAAAGUACAGUUUCAUAGCCAUCGAUGCUUGUUUGGAACCAGGACCACGACGUCCCUUCAAUUUUGUUGGUAUGCUCGAUCGAAGGGAAAUUGAAAGGAUACAUCAAUUAGCGAAUGAAUCAAAGCAAACAAAUGGGAAUUUUAUUAUCUGGUUUGGCCACUAUCCUACUUCUUGUAUACUAGCUCAGUGCAAUGAUGGGGUUAGAAAUAUUUUAGGUAAUUAUAAAGAGAGCAUGGUCUACCUCUGUGGGCAUUUACAUAUGUUAGGAGGUGUAGUGCCCAACAUGUACACGUUACAGUAUCCUGGCUUCCUCGAACUAGAAUUAGCUGAUUGGAUGGACAAUAGGAUGUAUCGACUUGCUGCUAUAGAUCACGGUCAGUUUUCCUUCACUGACAUAAAGCAUCGAGAUUGGCCUGUGGUACUGAUUACGAAUCCAAAGCAUGCGUUGUUCAUGAUGCCACAGAAAGAAAAUGUACAAUCUAUGAUUGAGUCUACGCAUGUCAGAGUGUUAGCUUUCUCGGUGGCUCCAGUAAAAUCCGUUGAGGUGCAGAUCGACGAAGGCGCUUGGAUGCAAUGUCGACAUGCAAAAGGGCCCCUUUAUGUCACUGCAUGGAAUUCUUCCUAUUAUAAAAGUGGAAUCCAUCGUAUUCAAGUACGGGUUUUGGAUGAAGAUGGUAGAAAAAAAGUGGUAUUUCAGCCGUUUUCUCUGGAUGGUAGUCGGUUGACCUUCAAGAUUUUACCAAGGUUGAUUCUUAUGUCGAACGUCAGCCAUUUAUUUCAGUCACUGUUUGCAAGUGUGUUGCUGAUCAUGAUUGUUCCAUUAUGUGUACUUCGUCUACUUCAUUUUAUGUACAAAGGCAAACGUUUACGUCAGCCCAGAGUUCCAAUCAAAGUAUUCCAAUGGUGGUACCGGAAAUUGUGGAUUUUGUCAACCGUUGACAGAUUGUUCUUCCCAUUAGUACUUUAUGCAUUAUAUUUGACAAUUGGGCCCUGGGCAAUCGGAGAAGUAAUUGAAAACCAUGUAGGAGUGAUCUUCGCCUGGGGAAUUUUCGUGGCCAACUCAUUUUUGCCUGGCUCCUUUACAUAUGCUUAUGGUUUCUUUCAAUUAUUCACCUUCCAUUUGCCCCUGGUAUUAAUGCUGGCCCAUCGCAUCGACAGAAGAUUAAGAGAAAUCGAAAAGCCGCCGAAGAAGUCUCCAACGUUUCUGCAAAGGUUGUGGAGCCACGUACCAUUCUUUGCGCUCGUCGCUCUGCAAAUCAGCAUGGUGUAUUUCUUCUGGCUGGCAUAUGGAACAAUAGCCACGGUCCUCUGCCCUUUGAGAACGUGGAGUAUAUUUCUGGCAGCUUGGCUAUGGCACCAGACGCAUGCUAUGCCGCAAAGCUGUUUGAGGUCAGCAGCUACAGUGUGGUCGUCGAGAGAGCCUCCUGUACGUAGUGUCACCAAUCCCAACAGAGGGAGCAUUUACAAUUGUAUAAUGGCGUGAGCAUUUAGCAACGACCCUAAUUUAAUUUUCCGAGUAAGACGGAUCGUUGCAUUCUCGGGCUUUGUUUACACCGAUCACUCGGUGCCCGUACUAUAGGCAUACUUUUUGUCAAACUCUCACAAGGAGAGGAGCAGGUGUGGUCGCUCAGAUAUUUACAGUACUUUGUUAUUUUGUAGUUCUCAUUGUAUAAAACUAUUUGCCAAAGAGAUCACGCGCACCUCUCAGGAAUUUUCCAGAAAUAAUCGCUUAAAUAUUUAAUAUAUACCUCAUAAGGACAUGGGUUAUAGUAAUUUUCCAAGCGAUGACAGCCUAGCAUAAAAUUACAGGUAACCUAGUAACGUAAUGUAGCGUGAUAAAUGUAAUUUUAUCCUCCUGUCCUGUUGUUUACGAGUAUCUUUUAGUUAUUCCUAUCUCUUUUAAUAGGGGUUUGCAAUUUCAUGAGAAAGAAAUAGAAAAAUGAAAUUACAUAUGUAAAAAAGAAAAAUGCAGUUACAUACGAAAUAAAGUGCACCAAGUGGGAAUUGAACCAGCGCUCCGGCAAUUCGAGGCCUGGCGCCUUGUUCACUAGGCUAUCAGCCGCUUCGAAAGUCGUUAGUAACCCAUGUUCCAAUGAUGUAUAUACUAAAUAUUUAAGCCAUUUUUUUUUCAUUCUUGAGAUCUUUUGACGAAUAAUUCUAAUACAUUGAGCCCUACAAAAUAACAAAAUAUUACGAAAUUUUGAGACGGUCCUCUCUUUAGCAGUUUAAGCGGCGAUGGUACGACGCCUUGGUGUAGUGGUGGACAUGAAUGCCUCUCAGGUGGAUAUGGUGCCGUCAGUGGAUGAUGGAAAAGCAUUUGUCAGACAGCGCACACCAUCGUUUACAUUGACAGUUUAAUAAUGAACGCCAUUAAUACGCUUUUAGUACGUGUACCAAGUAAUGGGUAUAAAUUAAGCCAAGGGCCAUGGGUAUGGAUCAAGUCAAGAGUUCCCCCCCCGCGCUCAGCAAUAAAGAAUUAAAAAUGCUGAGGAGUCGACCCUCCCCGUUUAUCGUCUUGGCGGUGUAUAGCAAUGCAUGGGUCUUGCAUCUAAUGAUUUCGAUGCCUUUGUAUCACCCUACAAACAAUUAAUAUGUAAUAUUAAAUUGGGGAGUUUACAUGA